AUGUCAGGACGAGGCAAAGGCGGGAAAGGACUCGGGAAGGGAGGCGCUAAGCGUCACCGUAAGGUUCUCCGCGAUAAUAUCCAGGGAAUCACCAAGCCCACUAUUCGCCGUUUGGCGCGCCGUGGCGGAGUAAAGCGUAUUUCUGGCCUGAUCUACGAAGAAACUCGCGGUGUACUUAAGGUGUUUCUGGAGAACGUCAUCCGCGACGCCGUCACCUACACCGAGCAUGCUAAGAGAAAGACCGUCACCGCCAUGGAUGUGGUGUACGCCCUGAAACGCCAGGGACGCACCCUCCCAACAGCACUACAUUGCCGGUCAGCACGGGAAGCGAUGGCAAGAACCAAGCAGACCGCGCGUAAAUCCACCGGCGGUAAGGCGCCUAGGAAGCAGCUCGCCACUAAAGCCGCCCGCAAGAGCGCGCCGGCUACCGGCGGUGUGAAGAAGCCUCACCGUUACAGGCCCGGCACUGUGGCUCUGAGGGAGAUUCGCCGUUACCAGAAGUCUACCGAGCUGCUCAUCCGUAAGCUCCCGUUCCAGCGCCUGGUGAGAGAAAUCGCUCAGGACUUUAAGACCGAUCUGCGCUUUCAGAGCUCGGCUGUCAUGGCCCUGCAGGAGGCGAGCGAGGCCUAUCUCGUCGGUCUGUUCGAAGACACCAAUCUGUGCGCUAUUCACGCCAAGAGAGUGACCAUCAUGCCCAAGGACAUUCAGCUGGCCCGCCGUAUUCGCGGAGAGCGCGCUUAA